AUGAGGGUCCACUUAUAUCUUUUCAUCUUUAUGAUUCAUUUCAGUACAGGCUGUAAUGUUUCAGAUGUGUGGCAGACAAUAACAGGAUACAAUGGUGGUUCAGUUGUGCUGCCCUGCUCCUGUGCUGACCCUCAGUCUACAGUCACAACAUUCACCUGGGAGUUUCAGCGGGAAAAUCAGUGGAUUCAAGUAUUUCAAGAUGAGAAAUACAGCGGCAGACAUGUGCUCUUUAAUGAACAUUCUCCAACAAAUCUGUCUCUCCUCAUUUCUGACCUCAGAAUGAAUGACCAGGGCUACUAUAACUGUUUAACCGAAUCAAAUAGUAUAACACGUGUUCACUUAAAUGUUAAAGGGUGUGAUUUGGUUGAGCAUGGAAAGACAUUAGCAGUGACUGGAUAUUCAGGAGAGUCUGUGGUUCUGCCCUGUUCCUGCGCUAAACUACUGGCUAAACCUGAACGGAUGCAAUGGAAUUAUUUAAUUGAAAAUAAUCAUAAAGUAAUCUACCCAAAUGAACAGACUGAGAAUUACAAGAACAGAGUCAAACUGUUAAAUCCAAACACUCCAGGAGAUCUUUCUCUACACAUAUCAGCACUGAGGACAGAGGACCAAGGGGAAUAUCAGUGUUCUGUCUCAUCUGAGCAAAUAGUCAGCUUCAGACUUACUGUACAACAACCUGAAGAAAAACCUCAUGUCAACACAAUCACUUUAACGACAAAUCAAGCUUCACACCAAACACAAGACUCUACAACUUCACAACUUAAUCCAACUCAACAACAUAUAUCUCAAUAUGUUUUCAUUCUGGGAAUGUUUUUCUCAGUGCUUCUACUGGCAUUUCUGGUAUUUAUAUUAUGGAGAUGCAGAGGAGGCAGAAAUGAUAAAAAGGAGACCACUGAUGAUGAAGAGCUAAAGAGAGAACAAGACAAUCAGGACGACGUUAUGUAUUCUGCUGUAGUCCAUGUUAAAACAGCAUCCAGAGCAGCUCACACACACAGUGACCCAGUAGAGCUCACAGAGUACGCUCCUGUCAACGUUAAGUGCUAAAAGAACUGACUACUGCAGAGGGACUGAAACCACUGUUCACUUUUGAGUUUUCCGUACUCUUAAUUUGAAAAGAAAAUCUAUUCAUUGUUAGGAGGACUUUUUAUGUGACUUU